CCCUAUCUUAACGAUUAGUUUAUUUCUUUUUAAAGGCAGGAUAGGCGAAGAGUCCCGUCCUUAAUUAGAGUAGUCCAUGUACUACUGCAACGGAAACAUUGCAGCUUAUGUCAGUUCUAUCGGGUUCUUACUCAACAGCCAUGUCUACGAAAGAAAGACAUUCUAGGAUUAAAAAUAUUUUAACUGAAAUUAGGAGAGAAAAACCUUUAGGGAAGUGCCCCUUAUUUAAAAUGUCACUUACAUUUCGUUCAUUUGUUUGGUCUCCCUCAAUUGAUUCAAUAUAUUCCUUCAGUACUGAACAAAAGUUACGAAAACCGGAAAAACCAUUGCAAAAACAGGGUAGUGUUCUUGUGUCAAAGAAACCUUUACUUAGGUCACACAGUUUUACUUCUUUGAAAUCGACUACUGAGAAUUUUAAAAUUCCAUCCAUAGACUGUGUUGAUAAAUCAUCAAUUAUUAUCCCUGUGAAGACUGAAAGAAAAGACAAAAUAAGGUUGAAUGUGUUAUCAAAUGUUGCAAACACUGCCAUAAAAAUUAAGUCCCAAAUUAGAGCUUCACAACAGGGUGACUUAGCAACACAACGGAGUCAUAAAUUAGGAGUUGUCCCAAAAUAUUUAACCAGCAGGAAAGCUCAAUGGGCACAAAUGGAGGAAGAAAAGUUGAAAAAUUUGCCAGAUCCAGAUUGUCCGAUUGGACAUGUAAUGAUGCCUGAGUCGGAGAGAAUUGAAACAUUGAAUAGACUUCAACAAAGUCAAAUUGAUCUCAAUGAAGAAUUUAAUUGCCUUCCACUAAGUAAGGAUAGUUUAAAAAUUCGACAGAGAAAAGAGGAUAUUGAAAAGCAACUUACUAAAGUUGAAGAAGGAAUUAGAGUACUUUCAAAACCUAAAGUGUUUGUAAGAAUAGAUAUUUAAAAUGCAUGACACCUUUUGCAUGUCUUAUAGAUAAUUAAAAAUAAAGGAGUUCAUUUUGUAUAAUUUA